AUGCUUCUUGGAAGAACCGUCUCAUUAUCCCAUCGUUCAUCUCAAACCACUUACACCAACGACAACAACAACAACAACAACACCACCACCACCAUUUCCAGCGCUGACGAUCUCAACUUCCGAGCCGAAACAUACCCAACAGCGCCCAACACUUUCAGACCGCGAGGAAACGACGUCAUCGCCAUCAUCAUCAUUGUCCUUUUUAUUGUUUUGGCCGCCAUCGCAUUUGGCAUCUACCGCCUCGUCAGCGUGGCGCGCAAGGCCCACGGCACCGUGACCACCUCGUCGAGCGGGAGCAGCACCAGCUUGACGGAUGACGAUGAGCAUUCGCAUUCGAGGGGGCGUUAAGUGAAGUGCAAAAAGAAAAACAAAAACGCAUGCGCUAAACUUGUCUGUAUUUGGGAAGAGAAGCUGCUAGCUAGGUGGUGGUGGAAUGAUUGAAAUUCCGGCAGAAAAGGGCACAAAACUGUGCGCGCGCUCUCUUCGUUUCAGCGAACCUUGCAUAUGCAUGGGUAUCUGCCUACCAGCUUGCCCCCAUUCCAUGGGAAGGGAACUGAACCAAAUCACGCAAAAUUGGGUUGUUUCAUUUCACGGCAUUGGAUGAAUGAAUGGAGAUCGACGAAGAAGAAGAAGAAGAAGACCAGACGAACAGGAAUCAUCGUCUCUUUAUUUCGAUACCUUCUAUCGAUUGAUGGGAACGAACGGGACGAACGCGGGACACAUAAAGCAUAAGCUGAGACUGGACAUGGCUAUGCACACUCAUAUCACACGUGUCUGAGUUCACACGAGACACGACACUUGAGGGAAGAAACGGAUGAAAUUGAUGGCACACGAGUAUAUGAUACCUGAUCACCUUAUAUCUUUGGAUAUACUUUGGGCGCAUUGGGGAACCUCCUUUGGAAGGUGGAUUGGAUUGGAUCGGAUCGGGUCGGGUUGGAUUGGGUUAUUAUCAACUGACUGACUGACACCAUCACUAUGGCGUUUUCUGGGGUUUUCUUUUUCUUCUUUUAUGCUUGGAUGUAUGUAUGGUUUACGAUUUCCUUCCGGGACUA